CCUUUCUUUCCUAGAUUGGUCUGUUCCUUCAUUGGCAUUGGUAUCGGUUUCGUGUGUUGAUGUCGGAGGCAAUGGAAGACGCCGGAAAUCUUGAGAGCUCCGGCAACCUUUCGCAUAAGAUAGUUGCCAUCUCUGCAGGGGAAGCACACACUCUCGUUCUAACUGGGAAUGGCAGUGUGUAUUCAUGGGGUAGAGGAAUGUUUGGGCGCCUUGGUGUUGGCUCAGAGAAUGACGAGCUUUCCCCAGUUCGGGUCAAGUUUGGAAACCCCAACAAUGUCAAAAUUGUCGGAAUUGCUGCUGGUGCUUAUCAUAGUCUUGCUCUAACAGAAGAUGGAUCAGUUUGGUGUUGGGGUUACAAUAUCUAUGGUCAACUUGGUAACAAUGGAGAGGACUCAAAUGAAGAAAAAUACACGGAGGGAGAUUAUUCUUUAGUACCCUGCUUACUUAACAAGUUUAUUGGGUUGCACCCCUCUGAUUCUUCAACAAGUGUGUCUGAAGGUGAAGGCAAAGAAUCAUUAAGGAUCUGUGCUGUCAAAGCAGGAGGAAUGAUGUCUCUGGCUAUUGAUAAUCGCGGGACCCUGUGGAUGUGGGGAAACUGCCCACAAGAAAGCAAAGAAGGCGCGUUAUCUUUUGAAACCAGUUUCAUUCCAGCACCAGUAUGGGACUUUCAUGGUCGCGUUGUUGUCAAGGUUUCAUGUGGAAAUGAGCAUGUUGUAGCUCUGGUUAGUGCUACAGAGUCAUACAAUGGUGAAGAUCUAGUGUGCUACUCUUGGGGUCAUAACAACCACGGCCAAUUAGGUGUCGGGGAUAGGGAGAGCAGGCUGCAUCCAGAAGUUGUGAAGACAUUUGAUGAGGAGUCUCCUUGGGCAAUUUAUGAGUUAGCAUGCGGUGCCUUUCACACUGCUUUGCUCACUCGCAAAAAGAAUCCUGAUGACGCAUCAGAAAGCAUUUGCUGGACCUUUGGUCGAGGGGAUAAUGGCCAACUCGGGCACGGAACAACGCAAAGCACUUUGCUUCCUACACCGGUAAUAGAAUUGCCAGAAAAUGUACAUCUUGUUUGUGUUGACUGUGGUUUGUUUCAUACUAGUGUUGUUUCCUCUGCCGGGGAUGUGUGGUCAUGGGGAAUGCAGAAGGGUCUCGGCUUAUGCCCUGAUGUUAGUCGCGCUGAAUCAGAUUCUGGUGAUGCACUCAAUCCCCGUCUCAUCUCAUGCGAACCUCAUCAACCCAAGUUUCCUGAUCCAGAUAAAGUCGUGUGUGGGGCGGCACAUACUGUUGUUGUUGGGCAGGAAGGUUAUAAGGUUUGGGCUUGGGGUAGGGGAAGGAGUGGAGUUCUUGGAAAUGGUGAGGGAGUGGAUUGUCACAUUCCCACCCUUGUGUUGUGGCCACCAAUGUUGGAUGAUUCCGAGGAAAAGGAACCUGAUGCAAAAUCAGAAACAGAUGAGAAAUUAUCCUCAGCAUUGAAUGAGCUGAACCUGCUUCAAACAAAGUUAUCUAUAAUGGAGAAAUAUGCUGGCAUACUUCAUGGUUCUGUUUUUGGAAAACCUUUUGAUGAGAAAGAUAUCCCUGUUUCGUUGCAGAGUUCAGGUUCUUUUGAUAUUGGCAAAGAAUGGGACAACAUGUUAGAGGCAGCAGAUAAUAGGAAGCUAGCUAGGUUGGAAAUGUUUUACCGUGACAUGCUUGCUGGUGUGAAAGAUAAAUUGAUGAAGAGAAAGAUCAAGGAUAUGAUAAAGGAGUGUCUUCAAUCUUCAGAUGUAAAAAAAUCGUAUCAGUGAAAACAAAAUGCAUUCUUUUCGUACAAAAGAUUUCACAUGCUAAGCAAUAAGCUAUUUGAUCAUUCCACUCUGAGUGGUGGUGUGCCAAUUGGCCACUUUAUUUGAUCAUCCAAUUUUGAACUUGAAUUCUAUUCAUUGUUCCCUUGUCUUCA